CGUCAUUUAUUAGUCUCAAGAACAGAUUUAUUGUCCACUGGAGAAUCACUGUUAGGUUGUGUAUAUAUGUGAGUGUGUGUUGGGCUGCACUUUGAAGAGAAGGAGAGAGAGACAGCUGACAGAGAGUUCCUUGCUGCAUAUCUUCAACAAACAUGUCUCAACCAGGUCAGGAAGAAGAUGAACAAGCGCAGCGUCCUGAGGUGACAGAAGAGGACCUGUCUAAUGCAAAGAACAAUCUGGGUACAAAGGGGCCAGCAAAGAGCAAGACACUUGAAGUAAUGGAGGAGUGCGAGAAAGUGGGUAAAACUGCUCCGUCUGUGUUCAGUGGAGUGAGGUCAGGAACGGAGACUGUUUUGAACACACGCUCCGCUCGACCAGUCAGGAAGUAGCAGGGAACUUCCAGAGUCCUGGCCACGACUGGGCAACACCUGUUCCAUGUUAGGGGUUUGAGAUCAGUUGUUUUCCAGCUGUACUUCAGUCCAUGAAACAUCACAUUUGAAGCCUUUUUUAGAAGCUUUGUGUUCUUUGUAAAAGUCACAUGUUUUUCAUUAUUUCUAUUUCAUUAUUGCACUUACUAACUGAACAGUUGCUGCACAGUUGUUUCUGGACUGUGAAGGGUUGUCAAAGGUAAAAAAAAAAAAAAAAAAGAAAAGUAAUUGAAAUCAAUAAAAAUAUGUUUCAACCAUCCUGUUUCCUAGCAAGACGUGCCAGUAAUGUAGUAAAUGUCAGUAAAAAUGUAAUACACCAAUCCAAAAACAUUAAAGAAAACUGAGUCAA